AUGCCUUUGUUCUGGUCUAAAGGAAUUGGAGGCAGAAGAUUCGGUGCAAACAUUACUGCAGAUAGACAUGGUGUCAGAAAACCUGUCUGGCUUCAAAGCACCUUUACAACGCGUCUUGCAAUUAGUAACGAGAAACGAUACCAUGAAUUUCUUUGGGAGACGACACAGGGAUGGAAUGAGAGACAAAUUUUGAGCUCGAUGUGACGGAAAGGCGUUAACCUAGCGAAUGGAUUUCGGAUAUCACAUGAAUUUUCUACAAUCAAGUAGUCCGUUUCAAGAUUGCAAUAUGGCAAUUAGUUUUUAUGAUGGGAUGAGGACUAGCAUUUAGCGAAUAAUAUCAUAUCGUCACUUCAAUAUAAGGGAGCCGACAACUUGUAUAACGAGUGAAGUGAAGUGAAGUGAAGUGAAGAGUCCUCCAGCUCCGUAGUAUGUGUGGCUCAUAUGGGUUAGAAAGAAUGCCCUCGAGGUGCCCCAUAUACUAGCGCUAUGCUAUCUCGAGGCUAUCUCUACCUGAUCCACCAUCUUCUUAUCUAAGUCACGUGUCGGCAGAUAGUGAAAUUAUUUUCUAGUUUGUGACGG